AUGGCAAGUUACAAUCGCGUCGCUGCUGUUACAGGGGGUAAUAAAGGUAUUGGUCUAGCUAUUGUCAGACAGCUUGCUCUCCAGUACCCCAAAUCCAGCUUCAAUUCAGGCCCCUUUCUCAUUUACUUGACUGCGCGAAACCAAGAACGUGGCGAGAAGGCACUGCAGGACAUCAACGACGAUGCACAACUGAAAAAAGCCAAGGCUUUGAAGAGUGACGGAGGCCUUGCAGAAAUUAAAUACCUGCCACUGGAUAUCGAUAGUCAAGACAGCAUCAAAUCCUUCGCGGAACAGAUCGGAAAGUCUCACCCUAAAGGCAUUGAUUUUCUGAUCAACAAUGCCGCUGUCGCGUUGGAUGGCUUCGAUGCGGAUGUGGUGAAGAAGACGUUACAUAGCAAUUACUACGGAGCUUUGGAACUCACGAAACACUUACUGCCUCAUAUGGUUGAUGGGGGGCGAUUUGUACAUCUUGCAAGCACAGCCAGCAUCCUGGACUCGAAGUACUCCGCUUCUAUUCGCAAGCGAUUCCUCGAGGCAACCGAAACUCGGCAGAUUACCGACUUGAUGGAGGAGUUCACGACUGCCGUUGAGAAGAACGAUUACAAAUCAAAUUGGCCUGGCGCGGCAUACAAGGUCUCGAAAGCUGGACUUGCAGGCUUGACAAAGACAAUGGCUUUGGAGAAUGGUGAUCGCGUUUUGAUUAACUGUGCUGAUCCUGGAUAUGUAAAUACUGAUAUGACCAAGGGUAGAGGCACCAAGACUCCCGAUGAAGGUGCUCAGCUUCCUGUUCAUCUGGCUCUGGGCGAUAUAGGAGGCACACAUGGCAAGUUUUGGCGCCAUGGAGAAGUGUCAGCAUGGGAGAGAGUAUGA